AUGAGUAUCUGGGUCGGUAUUUUUCUGCUAUUUGUAUUGAGGACUGAUGGACGAUCAUCGCGUUAUCACCGAUAUCGAAUAUCACCAUUGACGGGCGAACGGAUCGCUUUACCAACGCCCGACCAAUUAGAAUGGCAAGCACAGGAGUUAGGCGUCUUAAUUCAUUUCAACAUGGCGACUUAUGUCGAACAGCACGAUGCAUGUCCAAAUGAUUUAGUUCCAUCUACUUCUCGAUUUAAUCCAUAUCUACUAUCUACGGAUAAUUGGGUUCAAACAAUGAUAGAUUUUGGAGCGAAAUAUGCUGUGCUUGUUGCCAAACACAACUGUGGUUUUCUCCUCUCUCCAACGAAUGUUACAUUUCCAUUAAAUCCAUCGGGAGAAGUUGUGCCAUAUAAUUAUACAGUCAACUAUUCACCUGUGAAAGGCGUAGAUAUUCUUGAUGAAUUUGUUAAAAGUUGUUAUAAACAGAAAAUACAGACUGGCUUUUACUAUUCAACAGUAAUAAACAACUAUCUCAAUGUUCAAAAUGAUACGUUGAAAGAGGGCCAAUUAAAUAUUACGCAACAAGUCUAUACUAAUAUCGUCUUAUCUCAUUUGAGAGAAUUAUGGACAAAUUAUGGAAAUCUUGAAGAGAUUUGGUUCGACGGAGGUUUUGCCCCAGGAACACUCGAUACCAUUGCAAAAAUGCUUGCCGAACUUCAACCGCAUGCAAAUGUUUUUGGCGGAAGUGACGUGACGGCAAAUUCUAUUCGAUGGAUUGGAAACGAACUGGGUCAUGCACCGGAUCCAACUUGGUCAACUGGAACUAGCUCCGGUGGAGGUGAUCCAAAUAGUCCAAUUUUUUGUCCAGCUGAAUGUGAUACAACUUUGCAAGUAUUCGAUCGAUGGUUUUGGGGUCCACAUGUUCUACUCCGUCCUCUCCCAGAUUUGAUUGAUGUUUAUCAUCGAACCGUGGGUCGAAACUGUUUACUGAUGCUCGAUUUAACGCCCGAUCGAUCGGGUAUUAUUCCUCCUGAAUAUGCUAAUCGUUACAAAGAACUUGGCGAUUUUAUUCGUUCCUGUUAUGGAAGUUCUGUCCGGCCCAGUAUUCAGAAUUCCUCGGCUGAUUUUUUGACGUACAUGCUGGUGUUCAAUGCGCCUGUCAGUGUUGAUCGUUCGGUUAUUCAAGAAAAUCAAACUCGUGGACAAGUGAUCCGUGCCUAUACUAUCACGGUGUUAAUAGCCAUCACGAAAGACCAAAGUGAAUGGACGGAAGUGGCGACAGGUACCAGUAUUGGAAAUAAGAAAAUUGAUUUGUGGAAAAAAGGAACAUUACUGGUACGAGCCGUCAAAUUAAAUAUUACUAAAACUGUCGAUGUGCCUGUAUUAAAAUCGUUUACAGUUCAUUUAUGUGCUUGA